AUGGACUUCCAGCUUGAACUCACCUGCUGCAUCUGCAUGAACUAUUUCAUAGACCCAAUCACCUUAGACUGUGGUCACAGCUUUUGCAGAACCUGUGUCUCUUUCUGCUGGGAGGACACCCAAGCUCCAAUCCAAAUUAACUGUCCUGAGUAGGGAAAAUCAGAGAAGACAAACUUCAAAACAAAUAUCAUUCUGAAGAAGCUGUCUUUCCAUGCCAGAAAGGCCAGAUCUUGCUGUGAGAAGAGCUUUGAGACUCAGGUCUGUGGAACACACAAGGAAGCAAAGGAGCUCCUCUGUGUGGUUGACCAGUACCUGGUCUGUGGACUCUGCUCUGAGUCCCCUGAGCACUUGGAUCACAGCCACAGAACAGUGCAAUGGGCUGCUGAGGAAUACAGGGAGAAACUUCUAAAGAGAAUGGGUACUUUAUGGAAAGGACACAGGAAAGUGAGAGUACCUGAUCCUUCUAAUCCAAUAUCCCUACAGGAUUAUGUACAUUUAAGGAGGAUGAGGCUCAGGGCUCAAUAUUGGCAGCUGAAUUUAUUCCUCCGUGAAGAAGAGCAUCUUCAUCUGGAGAGAGUGGACAGAGAAGCAGAGGCAGUUUACCAACAACACAAGGCCAGUCAAGCAAGGAUGACAGAGCACAUUGAAAGCCUGAGAGAAAUGUACAGAGAGAUGGCUGAGACCUGCCACAAACCUGACUUGGAGCUGCUCCAGGUGAGAUGGGAAAUCCAUGCCAGGGUUGAGCUGCUGCAGAUGCAGGAACCACAGCCGAAAAAUGAAUUGACUGUUCCUCCUUUCAGUAGUGAGUCAGUUCAGUUUGACCUGCCCCAGCCUGAGAGCCCAGAGCUAAAUACAGGGCCCACCACUGGACUGAUGAAUGGUUUAGCUGCCACUGAGACCUUGAUCUUUGGCAAACAUUCCUCAGAGCUAGAUGUGGACAACUCUUGGAACUGGGCUCUAGGAGUCUGUAGAGUUUCCUGGAUAAGGAAGAGUGACACACUGGUUGAAUCUGAGGACACAUUUCAUCUUUUGUGCAUGAAGGAGCAUAAUCAUUACAGUUUCAACACUCCUGCCCUAAUGUUUUGUCAUAAAAUGCAGAGAUCUAAGAGUAGGUUGCUGUGUUUCUUGAUUGUGAGAGUGGAAAUUUCAGUGUUUUGA